UCCCCUUCAGGCUUGUUUGGUUAGGAGAUUGUGAAUUGUCUAUAUCUGUUUCGCUUUUCAAUCAUGUCAGGCCGUGGCAAGCAAGGGGGCAAGGCCCGCGCCAAGGCCAAGUCGCGGUCGUCGCGCGCCGGGCUGCAGUUCCCGGUGGGCCGUGUGCACCGGCUGCUGCGCAAGGGCAACUACGCGGAGCGCGUGGGCGCGGGCGCGCCGGUGUACAUGGCGGCGGUGCUCGAGUACCUGACGGCCGAGAUCCUGGAGCUGGCGGGCAACGCGGCGCGCGACAACAAGAAGACGCGCAUCAUCCCGCGCCACCUGCAGCUGGCCAUCCGCAACGACGAGGAGCUCAACAAGCUGCUGGGCAAGGUGACGAUCGCGCAGGGCGGCGUGCUGCCCAACAUCCAGGCCGUGCUGCUGCCCAAGAAGACGGAGAGCCACAAAGCGAAAAGCAAAUAAAACCCUGACAAACCAACGCCAAAGAUAAAA